AUGACUCAAAAACAGACAGCGAAUGUCAAAGAGAAUGACGAGAACUCCGUCAUCGGAGUGGACAAAGCCAAUGUUUCCCAUGCAGAGGUUUCUGUUCUGCCCGCUGAGCAGAGGAUGAGCCCUUGGGAAUGCAUGCGGCAGAAUCCCAAGAUUGUGCUUUUGACAUUGUACGCCAAUAUUGGGUCUGCCAUGGUGGGUUAUGAGAACCUCGCUCUGUCCGUCUGUCUCGCCAUGCCGGCCUUCCAAAUGACGUUUGCUUCUGAAGUCAACGGAACACUUAUCAUACCCGCGUACUGGCAGUCUGCCUGGAACGCUACCUACAACGUCAUGAGCAUGCUUGGAUCUGUGGUUGCUGGUUUCCUGCAAGACUGGUUUGGACGUCGCUCCGUCUUCUUAACGGCCAUCAUCUGCUCCAUAGCGGGCACUGCGAUCAACUAUGUUGCGGAGACUCCGGCAGUAUUUCUCGGCGGCAAAAUAGUCACGGGUUUCGCCGUCGGUCUCGUGCUCGCUGGCACUCAGACGUCAAAGUUCUUGUUCUCACUAGACAUGUCUCAAGUCUUGAUAGAUCAACGGAACACUGACUCUGAUCUUUUAGAACCUGGGCCUCCUCAUGGCUAUUUCUGCAACCUUCAGCCGUAUUUCCAUCAUGGAUCGUCUGCAUUCAGGAUCGUCUUUGCCGCUGCCUGGGUCUUCCCCGGGCUUCUUUCUUCCUUGGUCUCUCCCUUCGUGCCCCGACUCGCCGUACUGGCUCCUAAUGAAGGGCAAGCAGCAAAGAAGCCCGCCGUGCUCUCGAGAACUCUCCCCCCCCCGAUCAAAACGUCGAAGCUGCACUGGUGCAGGAUUCAGUGCACAAUCGAAGCUGAGCGCGCCCUGUCUGCAGAGAAAGCUUCGCUGGUCGACUGCUUCCGCGGCACCAACCUCAGACGCACCCGCAUCAUUUUGAUCUGCAUGUACAUGCCGCAGAUUGUCGGCGCCUCCCUGUCCGCCAACGCGCCCUACUUCCUCAACCAGACCGGCCUUGACAGCACACGGUGGCCUCUCAUUUUUGCCGGUGUCAGCUUCUGUGUCCUCAUGUAUCUGAUCAUGGGCAUCUUCGGCACCAUGGAGCGAUCGCCCAGGAACCUAAAGAUCAUUGGCAUUGCGCUCCUCAUCACGUCUAUCUCCUACGGCCCAGCGGUCGGCGCGUCAAUGGCUGUCGCCGGCGAGACAUCUGCCACAAGACUGCGCUCCAAGUCCAUGGGCCUUGGUGCGGGCUUUUCUGCGAUCUGCAGCGUCAUCUGGCAGGUUAUCCUUCCGUAUCUCUUCAACCAGGACCAGGCCAACCUCGGCGGCAACAUUGGCUGGAUUUUCUUCGCCAUGGGAGCAAUCUACUUGGCCAUUACAUACUUUGACGUUCCUGGCACCAAGGGGCGCACAUAUGCCCAGCUAGACACCAUGUUUGAGAAGCGCGUCUCGGCUAGGCACUUUGAGAAAUAUCAGCUAGAUGCUGACGAGAUUGUGGCUUAA